UACACAAAAGCCGCGCGGCAGCUGCAAAAAUACGAGCACGCCUGUAUGUGUGUGCGUGUGUGUUGGUGUGAUUCUGCGUAAUUUUCUGCUUCUGUUUUCGGAACCCGCACAUACAAAGGGAAAAUCAGCAGCUCGUUCGCCCGAAGUGGCAAAUUUGGUGGUGCAAAUUCGGUCAGUGCAAAAACAUCAUCGACACCGGCAAGCCGGCCGAACGCGAGAGCGGACCGCGUGGAAAUUUCCACCUGAUGUUACUUAACAACGUUCUGUACCGGAGUGCUUCUGCUGCUGCUGCUACGACGACAAGACGGUUUUGUGUGACCGGGAACCGCUCUGCAUCACCCUGCCAAAGGACUAUUUUCCUCUGCCUGCCAAACGUCCAGCGUCAGCACAUUCUUCAACAGUAUUUAGCCAAAGCAUUUUCAAGCCUUAACGGAAAGAUGGUAAAGCAAGGACCGCGUCCGCUCGUUAUCUGUGGCCCGUCGGGCUCGGGCAAGAGCACACUGUUGAAGAAGCUGUUCAAGGAGUUCCCCGAUACGUUCGGCUUCAGCGUGUCCCAUACCACGCGCAAACCGCGCCCGGGCGAGGAAAAUGGCGUACAUUAUCACUUCGUCUCGGUGGAGGAAAUGCAGGGCGCCAUCGAGAAGGGCGAGUUUAUCGAGACGGCGGUAUUUAGUGGCAAUAUGUACGGAACUAGCAAAAAGGCGGUAGAAAACGUGCAGCACCAGGGCAAGGUGUGCGUGUUGGACAUUGAGAUCGAGGGCGUGAAACAGAUCCGCAACUCGGACCGGUUAAAUCCGCUGCUGGUGUUUGUGAAUCCGCCCUCGAUCGAAGAGCUGGAGCGCCGAUUGCGUGGCCGCCAGACGGAAACGGAGGAAAGCCUGCAGAAGCGGCUCAAUACCGCGCGUAAAGAAAUCGAGUAUGGCACGGAAGCGGGCAAUUUCGAUGUGGUGGUGCAGAACAACAACCUGAAGCAGGCGUACGAGGAUCUGCGCAACUUUAUCGUCCGCGAGCUGGAAACGCAGCAAGGCCAAGGUAUCAAUGUUAGCUUGAACCGUGUGUUUGACGAGUGAAGUGUCUUGGGACGCUGUUUCGUUCCGACGUUUCGUGUGCGCCCCUCUCCGAUUCCGACAAAGCAACCCUAUAAUGACCAACCCCUCCACGGAACAUAACCAACUCCCCACCCCAUCCGUUGUGUGCUGACAACUGAUUUGUUUUUUGAUGCUUGAUCACUACUAACACGCGUGAAAUUCAACUUCUUUUCUGCAUAAAAGAAAGUGAACUUAUAAUUGUUUAGUAUUGCCGCCAUAGCGAAACCCAAACAUGACCCCUCCCGCCAAACCACACGGUAUUGAAACCGGUGCUAUGUGCUAGCAAUUAUCAAUUUACAAACCUAUCGGGCAAACACCCCAGAUCACCUGUUAUCAAUGUGCAUCUCUCUCUCUCUACAAUUUUCCAAUUCGCUUAAUAAUCUAGUUACGUUAGAGUGCAAACGUCCAAUAAUUGGCAACUUUACAAACACUCCACUACGAAACGGUACAUUUAUAUACACACCACCCACCAAUUACGAUUACAUACUGCAGGUGUCUGCCAAAGGUGCAGCAUUUUCGAGUUGUUUUUUUGACACAUUUAAACGCUUGAGUAAGAAGUUUUGAAUCGAAUCUUUGGUUCAAUUUGGAUGCAUAAUAGAUACGAAGGAGAAGGCUUUUUUUUCUUUACAAUCAACAAAAUACUGGUAACAGUGUUAAAUGUAACAAGAGACGAGUUGAAAAUCAAAGAAAUCGGUAAUCAAUCGAUAUGCCAAGCAGGUACACACCAAGUAUAGAAACAUAACUAAUCAAAAACAUAGUAAGGUUAAGGCAUACUGAUACACACAGCAGUAAAAUUAAGCACAUUCCAGUGUCAAAGAUAUGUAUUUUUUCCAUAAGAAAGGCGAAACAUUUAAAAAGUGUUAGUUAGAGUGACUCUCCUUAGCGCGUAAAGAAAGUUGUGACAAACAAACAAAGAUUGUGAAACACAUGGAAACGCAUUCAAAGCAAUCAACAAAGAAUCAUAUCCAAACGAAAAACAACUACGUUUUCCACUACCCCUUUCUCCAGACGCCGUACAGUAAAAGAAAAAACGGUCAAAUUAUUGCAAUGAACGUAAACAAAACAUUCCCCGCGUAAAGAUGACGGUUGUGUACUACUACGAUUAUUGGUUAAGGUUUACAGAUUGGAUUACACAGGAAAAUUUAGAACUUAAUUGAACCAUUUUGCAACCGACACGAUGUGAAGUUUGUCGAUGGAAGUUUGUGUGUGUGUGCUAAAAUGCGAUCCUCUUGUUACCCCACGUCCUUUUGCAUGAGUGAAUGAUGAUGUGAAUGCAGCUGCGUGCAGUGUGUUUGAUAGUUUCAGACGAGCUCUACUAAUUUUCGAUCUAUUUGGUGGAAUUCGACUCUCACCGAAUGAUCGAUGGCUGUGCGUGUUGUGGCUAACCCGAUUGGUUGACCGUGUUUGAUAAAACGGCUUUUUUUAUUUAAACAAAAAAUAUAAACUUCACUAAUGAAAAUCGUUUUCCGUUUUUCCCCUUACUUCUUUUAGAUGUAUUCUUUGUCACGUCACUGGUUAGCAACUACAAACCUUUCGAGGUUUAAUGCGGCACUUUUGAACACCUUUCGCCAGUGCCGGUGCCCUAAUUCUCGACCCCAAACGGUUUGGAUGAGGGGUGAAAAGAAGAUUCCUGAAAACAAGUUUUAACUUGUAUUUUACUUUCAACCUUUCAUUUGCAUCACAUCUUUUCAACAUACAAAUGAGUCCGUUUUUGUGUCGAUCUUUCCCCGAGCGGGGAGUAGAUUGGGAACAAUUAGAAGAAGCACUAGCCAUGUGAGACGGACUGCAUAUAGAGCAUAGAAAACGAUUCCUUUCUCCACAAACACACAAACAGUCGUGCAUUGUAGCGUCGUGCAAUUCCAGCUUGUUGUGCAGUUGUGCUGUUUUCUGUGCCCGCGUGUCGUGUAAGAGCGAUCGUUGCUUUUUUUCAUUAGGUAAACGGAAAUGAUGUUAGAUUUUAAGAACGUAACGGCGCGUUUCUAUCCUUUCCACCCGCUCGCUACCUGCCACAACAAGUACGCCCCAUUUCAUCCUAGCUCUGGAUGGGAAAGAAAGGCUACCGACCCCGUUUCUAUCAACGCAAAUGCGCAAUGCUUUUUAUGUGUAGAGUUUUUGUUUUUGUAUACUCCCGUCGCUUGUUAGCAAUGUCCAUUUUUUUAUAUAAGCAAAGUAUACCAACCAUAACAUAUAUCGGGUGUUGGACACGAUUAAUCCUCAAUCAAGAAACGGAGUUACUUUCCAGCGAGAUUGGCGUCUGCGCAACUUUCUGUGUAGUUCAUUCAACGUAUUUGCCAAAAAAAAACAAAAAAGGGAAAAUAUUAAAUUAGAAUUCACAAGAGGAAACUCCCAAAAACCAAACAAUGUUAGAACCACGAUGUUUAUAAAACUUACAGCGC